ACCCAGGGGACAAGACAAACAGAAAUGAGACUACCCAGAGGCAGUACUCCAUGUUGGACGAUAGAGGCGUGUACUGUCUGCUGAAGGGGAUUAAUGUUCAUAUGUGUACCGGUGUCGAGUGAACGUCUAGUUCGUGUACGGAAGCGCUAACGGUCCUCUCACAAUGGCCCAGUCAAUCCUCGACAUCAUGCCCGGAGCCUCGACAGGGACUGUGCAGGUCACUGAGCCUCUGAACUUCUGGGCUGGAAAACGAGUGAAACCCAGACAGGAGAAAAACGCAGAGCCCGUGUUUGAACCUGCGACUGGCCGGGUCUUGUGUCAGAUGGUACCCUGUGGGCAGGAGGAGGUGGAUGAGGCCAUUAAGAGUGCCCAUGCUGCCUAUCUGAAAUGGAGCAAGAUGGCAGGCAUGGAGAGAGCUCGGGUGAUGCUAGAAGCCGCCCGCAUAAUCAGGGAACGAAGGGAAAAGAUUGCAAAGCUGGAAGUGAUCAACAAUGGCAAGACCAUCACUGAAGCACUGGUGGACAUUGAUAUUGCCUGGCAGUGCAUUGAAUACUAUGCUGGCAUGGCUGGUACACUUGCAGGCCAGCAUGUCCAGCUUCCCGGUGGAUCAUUUGCUUACACCAGGAGGGAGGCCCUUGGUGUGUGUGUGGGAAUCGGUGCCUGGAAUUACCCCUUCCAGAUAGCAUCAUGGAAGUCUGCUCCUGCUCUGGCAUGUGGUAAUGCUAUGGUAUUCAAGCCUUCUCCAAUGACUCCUGUGACUGCCGUCAUACUGGCUGAGAUCUACAAAGAGGCAGGAGUACCUGACGGGCUCUUCUGUGUGGUGCAAGGUGGAGCAGAGACUGGCACCUUGCUCUGCCAUCACCCGAUGGUCGCCAAAGUCUCGUUCACUGGCAGCGUGCCGACAGGCAAAAAGGUCAUGGAAAUGUCUUCAAAGGGGGUGAAGCAGGUGACUCUGGAGCUUGGAGGGAAAUCUCCCCUCAUCAUCUUCAAAGACUGUGACCUGGAGAACGCAGUGAAGGGAGCACUCAUGGCAAACUUCCUCACACAGGGACAAGUUUGCUGCAAUGGGACCAGAGUGUAUGUUCAAAGAGAGAUCAUGCCGCAGUUCCUGGCAGAGGUGGUCAAGAGGACCCAGGCCAUCCCUUUGGGUGACCCCCUGCUGGAUGGCACUCGGAUGGGGGCACUGAUCAGUAAGCCACAGCUGGAGAAGGUGCUGGGAUUUGUCAGUCAAGCCAAGAAAGAGGGAGCCAAGGUGCUUUGUGGAGGGGAGCCUUUUGUACCCAGUGAUCCCAAACUGAAAGGAGGCUAUUUCAUGGCACCCUGCGUACUUGACAACUGCAGAGAUGACAUGACCUGUGUGAAGGAGGAGAUUUUUGGCCCAGUCAUGUCUGUCUUGCCUUUCGACACAGAGGAGGAAGUUCUCCGGCGGGCUAACAAUACCACUUUUGGACUGGCCUCUGGAGUCUUCACCAGGGACAUUUCACGAGCCCAUCGUGUGGCUGAGAACCUGGAGGCAGGAACCUGCUUCAUCAACAACUACAACGUUAGCCCUGUGGAAGUGCCAUUUGGCGGAUACAAGAUGUCAGGCUUUGGCAGAGAGAACGGCCAGGUGACAAUCGAGUACUACUCCCAGCUGAAGACUGUGGUCGUAGAAAUGGGCGAUGUCGAGAGCCUCUUCUGAAACUCCUCACCAAGUUUACACUGCUGUGACCAGAAAUUUAAUAAAACUCUUCACCCUUUAGUCAUGAUCACUACACCAGACAUGAGGACCUAUAGCACUCUCCUCUUUUGCACUGUUUGUAUUUUACCUGUGUACUUAGAGAAACAUGCCUGAAAAAAUCACAUGUAAGAACUGAAUAUGUGGACUAUUAUAGCUUCUUACCUGUUCACAGUCUUAAUUUUCAUUAGCUAACAAGUUAACCUGCUUUAGCAUUGAGCAAGUAAAUCAGUGCGCUGCUAAUCAAAUAAAAAAACCUGCCUUAAGUAGAAACUGAGAAGGAAACGGCAUUAGAAGAAAGACAGCUGGUGUCAGAUACUGUGAAUUUCAGUGAAAUUCUGUUGGACAGCUACUACCUUUUUGUAACAAAAUAAAUUCCAUUCAGAU